AUUUGAAUCGCGUCCUCCGCAAAAGGCUCACCUCCUCCUCCCCGAGACAGCAUAAGCAUCCGCGCGCGUCUCCUCCCGCUCGGCUUACCCCCUCACGAAGCAAGCAGACACUCCUCUGAUCCUCUCUCUUCUCACCGCCGUCUCCUCAGCAGCCACUCCUGCCUCUCGCUGCCGUCUCCUCCGAUCCGAUUCCACCGGCGAGAGGCGAAUUCGUGCGCUCCUGUUCUUCAGGAACUCCGAUGGCGAUGGGAUCUGUCGCGGACCCGUACGCGCUGCGGUGUGUCUCCGAUCUGCCCCCGCCGUUCCGCCCCGUGUUCGGGUUCAGAUACUUUAAUUCCUUGCAAAGCGAGUGCUUCCAUGCGUGCUUCUUCUCGGAUGUGAACAUGGUUAUCUCCGCGCCUACUGGGAGUGGGAAGACUGUGCUAUUUGAGCUCUGCAUUCUGAGGCUCCUCUCCAGCUUCCUCUCACCAGACUGGAGGUUCAAUUUGAUUAAAGGAACUCUGAAAACAAUCUACAUUGCUCCCUCCAAGGCAUUGGUGCAGGAGAAGCUGCGGGACUGGAACACGAAGCUGGGCUCAUUGGGGAUCAAUUGCUUGGAGAUGACUGGUGACAAUGAAUUCUACGACAAUAAAUCCAUAAACGAUGCUGAUUUAAUCCUCACCACUCCUGAGAAGUUCGAUUCUAUGAGUCGUCAUGGUAUAAGAGACGGUGGAUUGGGUUUCUUCAGUGACAUUGCUCUGGUACUUAUUGAUGAAGUUCAUCUCCUGAAUGAUCCGCGUGGAGCUGCCUUGGAAGCAGUUGUCAGUAGAAUAAAAAUGCUUUCCCGCCUUGGCAACAUGAAAUCUGCUCCUUUGGCAAAUGUUCGAUUAAUAGCUGUUUCUGCCACUAUCCCUAAUAUUGAGGACAUAUCGGAGUGGCUCCUAGCACCCCCAGAAGGAAUCAAAAGAUUUGGAGAAGAAAUGAGACCAGUGAAGUUGACAACCAAGGUCUUUGGUUAUGCUCCAGCUAAAAACGACUUCUUGUUUGAGAGGAGGCUGCAAAGUUUCAUUUUCGAGAUACUGAUGCAACAUUCAAGAGGAAAGUCUGCACUUGUUUUCUGUUCUACAAGAAAAGGUGCACAAGAAGCAGCGCAAUGCCUUUCACAAACUGGAGCAUCGCUUGGCUAUUCCAAUCCAUUUAUGAAAUCAAUGCAGCAGUAUGAACAUCUAAAGGAAGCUUCCCUAACCUGUAGUGACAAACAACUGCAGGCUUGUAUUGUACAUGGAGUUGGUUAUCACAAUGGUGGUCUUUGCUUAAAAGAUCGGAGUCUUGUUGAGGGGCUUUUCCUCAAGGGUGAUCUUCAAAUUAUAUGCACAACGAAUACUUUGGCGCAUGGCAUCAACUUACCUGCACAUACAGUAGUGAUAAAGUCAACACAGUUUUUCAACAAAGAGAAGGGCCUAUAUGUAGAAUAUGAGAGGUCCAUGGUGCUUCAGAUGUGUGGGAGGGCUGGACGUCCACCAUUCGAUGAUACUGGAACAAUUAUAAUCAUGACAAGAAGAGAGACAGUUCAUCUAUAUGAGAACCUUCUAAAUGGAUGUGAAAUGGUGGAGUCUCAGUUGCUGCCAUGUGCAGUGGAGCAUCUAAAUGCAGAAAUUGUUCAGCUGACAGUAUCUGACAUAACUUUGGCAAUUGAGUGGAUCAAGUGCUCGUAUUUGUACAUCAGGAUAAAAAAGAAUCCUGAGUACUAUGGAGUUAAGAGAGGGAUUAUUUGUGACCUCCUUGGAAAACAAAUCCAAGAUAUAUGUGUUGAGAGGAUCCAUGAGUUGGUGGAGUAUGGACUGAUUUGGACAGACGAAGAUGGUUUCCUUCUACAACCGUUAGAACCAGGGAGGCUGAUGACAAAAUUCUACCUGAAGUUUGAUACAAUGAAGCUCAUUGUCAAAGCUUCUGCCUGUUGCAGUUUGGAAGAUUUAUUGCAUAUCAUCUGUCACUCUGCAGAGAUUACUUGGAUCCAACUACGCCGAAAUGAGAAGAAGAUUCUAAAUGAUAUAAACACUGACAAAGAGGGAAGACUCAUAUUCCAUAUUGUCAUGGGGAAUGGAAAAAAGAAGAAGCGUAUCCAGACAAGAGAAGAGAAAAUAUUCUUACUAGCAAAUGACUGCUUAACUGGGGACCCCCUAAUCCAUGAUUUAUCCCUCAACCAGGAAACAAAUUCGAUAUGCUCAAAUGGACGUAGGAUUGCCAAAUGCAUGAGAGAAUACUUUGUAUACAAAAAGAGUUAUAGAUCUGCCAUAAAUUCUAUGAUCCUUGCAAAAUGCCUACACCAAAAGCUCUGGGAGAACAGUCUAUUUUUGCUGAAACAACUGCCUGGAAUUGGAAUUGUAACAGCAAAGGCACUGAAGACUGCUGGAAUUUAUACCUUUGAGAGCUUGGCAGCUGCUGAUGCUAGAAAGAUAGAAUUGGCAACAGGGCGCAAUUAUCCAUUCGGGAAUCAUAUAAAAGAAUCAUUGUCAUCCUUACCACCCAAAAUUGACAUAAACAUAGAGGAUGCUGGAAACAGAAUGGGAAAAUCAACCAUUAUUGUAACACUAACUCGUCUAUCACAGGCAGUUCAAUCGAGUAAAUGCAAUUAUGCAGACAUGGUUGUGGGCUCAGAGGAAGAUAAUGUGAUACUCUUUCAUGAGAAAAUAAGGACUCAGGAUUUUUUCAGCCCAUAUUCUGUAAAACUUUUUGUGCCAUGUCCCCAGAAUGCACGGGUCACUCUGAAGAUUGAUCUGAUAUUUGAAGAAUACGUUGGUCUUGAUGUCCACAAGAAGCAUGUAGUCAGCAGGAAAGAUGAUUUGCAAGUGACCAAAGAGCGAGGGAUAGAUAAGCCUGAACCUGUGUACAAUCUCCCUGCAGAGAUUUGUUUGGUGAGCUCCAGAACAACUCGAACAACACAAUCUCAGUCUUAUACUGGACAGAGCCUGCUUUGUAAAGAGGUAUAUGUCAUAGAAGAUGCUGCUGCUGUCAGUGCUCCAGAGAAAGUUGAUAAUGCGCUGGGCACCAGAAAAUUUAACAACCUGGCUUCACUGGAGGUCCCCAGCUUUGAUCUACUGCCUGAAGAAGACGAUGGAGAUAUACAAACUGCAUCGAUUCCUGAACCAGCAGAGGCAGGAUGCAAAAGUGUCACAAACUACACGAUUUUUGAUCACAUACGCAAGAAAUCCAAAGACUUCCCCACUCUGAUGCCAUCGAAAUCCAUGGAUAGCUCUUAUGAACCUCUGAUACUGAAGAAGAUGAAGAUAUCAAGGGACCAGUUUGGAGCAGAGCAGAGCAGUCUGUAUGCGGACGGGGUCACGCCAAUGGAUUCUGAACCGAAUGAGCCUAGGCUCUCUCCAACCAAUACUACUGAGAAGUGUCGCAGGAUCCUGACUAGAACUUCAGAGAAGAGCCGCGUGCUGUUUACAGGCAAAAGGGACAGCCCAUCUGAGAAGAGCAAGAUGCCGAGCACAACUCCAGACGAAAGCUCUCUUCGGUUUCUAGGUGAAAAGGAGAACCCAUUGGAGAAGAGCAAGAUCCUGAUCAGGACUCCAGAUGAAAACUCGCCCCAGUUUGCAGCUACAAGUGACAGCCCAUCUGACAAGAGCAAAUUCUGCUUCAGCAGUCCCCUUCCAUGUUUCCAGGCUACGCAAUGUACGAAGGAAGUCCGAGCCGCAGAUCAACCCUUCAAUAUUCAGGACUAUUGCAAGGAUAUAUUGGGGAACACAAAGGACAGCGAGAGCGGUGAGUCUUUUCUUGGUUUCAAGAGUGUCUUUUCCUUUCUUUAAUUUGCUAAAGAUCUUUGUAUAGGGCAGUUCAAUGUUGUGCUCAAAACAUGUGUUGUAACAUGGCAAAGCAUUUUAGUCGUCUUCUGUUAGUGAAUGUGCCGGAUCUAAAUAAGUCCUCCAAUAUCC